UAUUCACUUUUUCCCUCCUCCAUUAAUGGAGGGAGGUUUAUAAAAAUCUAUAUUUUUCCUUCUCUGUUUCGAGGCUACUUUUUCUUUAAAGAAAAUCUCUAUUUUGUCUCCGGUUUCGGUUUGCCGGUUUCGAGAAUGGAAGAAAAGAAAAGUACGAUAUCCGGGUCAGCACUUAACUCGGACUCUGACUCACCACCUGCACCAGUGAGUAGCCUGCAAGUGUUACCUCAGGUGAUGAACGUCAACACGGGGUUGGAAAGAAGCAUUGUUAGUUCAACAGCAGCGACGGCAAUAACUACAACAACAGCGAGUCCAGUAUCAGGUGUAGGGGGAACACUGAGUGAUUCUUUAGGGAAGAAAAAGAGAGGGAGACCCAGAAAAUAUGAUGCGGAUGGGAACCUUAGGUUACCAUAUCAGGUGGUGACGGCUUCACCUCCUGGUUUCACUUUAUCACAUUCUUCCGCUACUGAGUUCAACUCGUCCAAGCGAGGUAAAGUACGGUCUUCUACUGGGAACUGGCAGCUUCUUGCUUCUCUAGGUGAAUUGUUUGCUAAUACGGCUGGAGGGGACUUCACUGCUCAUGUGGUCAAAGUUAAUACCGGAGAGGAUGUUGCAGGGAAAAUUCUUUCGUUAUCACAAAAGGGUCCUCGUGGGAUUUGUAUUCUGUCCGCAAAUGGAGCUGUUUCUAAUGUUACCAUCCGACAACCCGGUUCAUCUGGUGGGAUUUUAACAUUCGAGGGCCGGUUUGAGAUAUUGUCAUUAACCGGCUCAUUUACAUUCAGUGACAAUGGUGGUGCGAAGAAUAGGACUGGUGGUCUAAGUGUUUCAUUGGCUGGACCUGAUGGUCGUGUAAUAGGUGGUGGACUUGCUGGUACAUUGUUGGCUGCUAGCCCUAUACAAAUUGUGGUGGGAAGCUUCAUGCCAAAUGGCUACAAAGUGCAUAAAAAGAAGCCUUACCGCGAGCAGCACACGAUGGUGGCUUCCACGGUUGCCGCCAUCCCUUCAGCUACGGCAAUGGCGGAAGAAGCACGGCCAAUCAUCUCACAAGCAAAACCCGACGGUGAAAACAAUAUGAAACGGACAUCGCCAUUUCAAGUGGUAACCCUCGGGGAAGCGAGUAAUAACAUAAUUGACCAUAAAAGCACAGCAGCCUCUAUUGUUUCCGGUUGGAAUAACGGCUCGGAACCGGUCUUGACCCAUCGGCCAUCGCCCGAUAUUAACAUGUCAGUGCCUAGUGAAAAGGGUAAUUAGUUCCCUUGAGAAAAUUCUUCAUUUGAGGUAGUUUUUUAAGU